AGCGAGUUGAAAGCUUCUGCUACUUUUACCAUAAUUCCGUGAAUCUCUAAGGUUCCUUGCAAGCUUGCGAGUCCUGCGAGUCAUACUGCAGGCUAGUGUGUGACAGAAAUGCACUCAGCAAGGUCCAGCUGAGGACUUUGCCUAGAGGACUUUGAAGAAGCAGGCUUGAAGUUCAAAGAAGAAGGGCAGCUCAUGCAGUGCCUUCUAGCUUUCUCUCUGCAUUUCUGAACAUUCUGCAGAAGCCUGAAGGAGGCCAGCUUGCUUGCGGGAGCUAGUGCCUGAAGAGGCUACAGCAGUUGUAGGUGCCAUGGUAAAAUCUAGGGCUGUCAAAUUACUCAAUUCCAACUUUAAGUCCAGCUGCCAAAAGUAGAGCGAGCGCCCAGGCCCACCUUUGCUAUUUUACAAGGUUACCAAGUCGAGGUUCCAUUUCUUUGUUUGCGAGUCUGUAAUACAAAUAAUUCUUCUAUUCUGAGGAAGUAUCAGUAGCCGCAAUUGAGCUGCAAGGUGUUCUUGCUAGCCCAGUAUGAAGCCAAAGCCUCUGGAGACCCGUUUCCCUACGGGCAGAAUAAAGAAGGUUAUGCAGGCGGACGAUGAAGUUGGGAAGGUUGCUGUGGCGUCUCCUGUACUCAUUUCCAGGGCCCUUGAGCUAUUUCUUCAGAAGCUUGUGGACGAGACCUACAAAGUCACCAUCGCACGGAACGCGAAGACCGUCACCGGCAGUCACUUAAAGGCAUGCAUCGAGGCGAACAGCGACUUCGAUUUCCUGCGAGAGGUAGUGGCGCAAGUUCCAGAUCUGGGGAAUGAGCUGAAGGAGGAGAAGGGUCCGGGCCGACCUCGGAAAAGGAAAGAUGAGGAAGAGGGGGCGGACGAAGAGGCGGGUGCUUCGAACGAGGGGAAAGCUUGUAAGCUACCACGUAGAGGCAAAGCAGACGGCUCAGGUGCGCUCAAACGACAAACGAGCAGAAAAAAGAAGAAGGACGGCCAGGUUGAAGGGGAGCGACGAGUCGAGGUGCAAAACUCUUUUGAUCUUAACUCACAGCCUGUAGAUACUGCCCGAGACGAAGUAGAGGGGAAUGGUUCUGCAGCAAGAAGUGCGGCUGAGUCAGAUCUGCAAAAUCAGCUUCUCGAAAAGGCGAUACAGGAGCACCAAAGGGCGCCUGCUGCGGGUGCUCAAACUCUAGACGGGGUGGAUGAUGAUUACGAUGACAUGUAGCUAUUGACAAGGUCUUCAUAUCACGGCGUCAAAGGCAUACUUGUCACAGCGCCAA